AUGGGCCGGGGGUCUCCGAGGGCGCCAGGGGCGCCGCCGGCCUGGCUGCUGCUGCUGCUGCUCCUGCUACCGUGGUCCGUGUGGGGGGCCGAGGCGUUCCGCGGAAACUCCCCUGGAGAGCCAGUCGCCCCCCACUGGGUCCUGGACGGAGGAGCCUGGCGCGUGAUCACCCUGGAGGAGCCGGCCCUGAAGCUCGACACGGGGCUGGUAGCCUUGGAGGCUGGAGGCCAGGAGCUCCUCCUGGAGUUGGAGAAGAACCACAGGCUGCUGGCCACAGGAUACACAGAAACCCACUACAGCCCUGACGGGCAGCCAGUGGUGCUGGUCCCCAACCAGAGGGAUCAUUGUUAUUACCAUGGGCGUGUGAGGGGCUUCCCCGACUCCUGGGUAGUCCUCAGCACCUGCUCUGGGAUAAGGGGUCUGAUCACGCUCAGCAGCAAUGUCAGCUAUUAUGUGCAUCCCUGGCCAGCGGGGGACGCCGAGAGUGCCUCCACCCACAGGAUCUUCUGGACAGAGCAGCUGCUUAGCUGGAAAGGGGUCUGUGGCCAGAAGGAUCCUGAAGACAAAAGGAACGUGACCAGCCGUUCUCCUGCCGCCCAGAUCAGGGACUGGCGGGAGGCCCAGCGAAGCCCGAAGUUCCUGGAGCUGUACAUCGUGGCGGAUCACACCCUGUUUGUGACCCAGCACCGGGACUUAAACCACACCAAGCAGCGGCUUCUGGAGAUCGCCAACUACGUGGACCAGAUUCUCAGGACCCUGGACAUCCGGGUGGCGCUGACCGGCCUGGAAGUAUGGACCGAGCAGGACCAGAUCCGCAUCACGCCUGACGCCAACAGCACGCUCUGGGCCUUCCUGCAGUGGCGCCGGGGGCUGUGGGGGCGGCGGCCACACGACUCCACGCAGCUGCUCACGGGCCGCGCCUUCCAGGGCGACAACGUGGGCCUGGCCCCCGUGGGAGGCGUGUGCCUCGUGGAGAGCUCUGGAGGCGUAACCGCGGAUCACUCGGAGCUCCCCGUGGGCACUGCAGCCACCAUGGCCCACGAGAUAGGCCACAGCCUGGGCCUCAGCCACGACCCCGACGGCUGCUGCGCAGAGGCGGCAGCGGAGCCGGGCGGCUGCGUCAUGGCAGCAGCCACUGGACACCCGUUCCCCCGCGUGUUCAGCGCCUGCAGCCGCCGCCAGCUGCGCGCCUUCCUCCGCGCGGGCCGCGGCCGGUGCCUCUCGGACGCGCCGCGCUCGGGGCUGGUGGCGUGGCGGCCGCGCUGCGGGAACGGCUUCGUGGAGGAGGGCGAGGCGUGCGACUGCGGCGCCGGCCAGGAGUGCCCCGACCCCUGCUGCGUCGCCCACAACUGCUCGCUGCGCGCGGGGGCCCAGUGCUCCCGCGGGGCCUGCUGCGCCAGCUGCCAGCUGAAACCGGCGGGCGCGCCGUGCCGUCGGGCUGCGGGAGACUGCGACCUCCCCGAGUUCUGCACGGGCGCCUCUCCCCGCUGCCCCCCGGAUCUGCACCUGCUGGACGGCUCGCCCUGCGCCGGCGGCCGGGGCUUCUGCCAGGACGGCGUGUGCCCCACGCUGGAGCAGCAGUGCCAGCAGCUCUGGGGACCUGGCUCCCGCCCAGCACCGGAGGCCUGUUUCCAGGUGGUGAACUCGGCCGGAAACGCCCAUGGCAACUGCGGAAGGGAUGCCGAGGGCAGCUACGUGCCUUGUACGCAGAGGGAUGCGCAGUGUGGGCAGCUGCAGUGCCAGGGCGGGGAGCAGAGCCCACUGGCGCCGCACACGAUGCCGGUGGACUCUACCCUCCGCCUGGACGGCCGCGAGGUGACUUGCAGGGGAGCCUUCCCGCUACCGGGGGCCCAGCUGGUCCUGCCUGACCUGGGCCUGGUGGAGCCAGGCACCCAGUGUGGACCCGCCAUGGUGUGCCAGGACGGGCGCUGCCAGAACACUACCUUUCAGGAGCUGGAGCUCUGUCUGGUCGCCUGCCACGGCCAUGGGGUUUGCAACAGCAACCAUAACUGCCACUGUGAUCCUGGCUGGGCUCCACCCUCUUGCGACCAGCCCGGGCCUGGGGGCAGCCUGGACAGCGGCCCUGUGCAGCCGGAAAACCACGACGCCUUCCUGCUGGCAGUGAUCUCCAGCUUCCUUCUGCCUCUGCUUCCCGGGGCCGGUUUGGCCUGGUGCUGCUGCCGGCAGCGGGGAUCCCAGCUUCAGCCAUGCCUGUGGGGCUCAGGGAGGGACAGUAGGCCCAAAGAUGGCCCAUGCAGGGAUCACCCGCCGGCCAGGGUUCAGCGCCUGGAGCUGGGCCCGAUGACCACUGGAGAGCCCCGACCCCUCAGCACUGAGAUCCCUGCCAGAGCCCAACAGCCGCCUUGA